AUGAAGGUAUUUCAGACCAUCUGCAGGCAGCUUAAAAGUUCAAAGGGGUUUUCUGUAGAACCAGCCCUCCGUGUGGUCUUCUCCACUUCCUCUUAUUUGUGUGGCCGGAAGAAAAAAGUGAACCCUUAUGAAGAAGUGGACCAAGAAAAGUACUCUGAUUUAGUAAGGUCUGUCUUGUCAUUCAGAGGCCAUGCUCAGGUUCCACGGUCUUUGUUUGAGGAAGAUGCUUUACUCUACGGACCUGUGAGGAAGUGUAAGACCCCAAAGCAAGAAGCAGCAGGAGUUCCACGAAACUGGUGUCCUCUCUUCAAUCCAGAGAAAAGCAGAAAACCAAAUGCAACAAGUGAUCCUACAAUUCCUUUGAAAAUCCCUUUGCAAAGGAAUAUGAUACCAAGUGUGACCAGAAUCCUUCAGCAGACCAUGACCUCAGAACAGAUUUCCUGUUUGGAGAGGUGGAAACGUCGGAUGAUUCUGGAACUGGGAGAGGAUGGCUUUGCAGAAUAUACUUCAAACAUGUUUUUACAAGGGAAACGGUUUCAUGAAGCCUUGGAAAGCAUACUAUCACCCCAGCAGAACUUAAAAGAGCCUGAUGAAAAUCUCCUCAAAUCUGGCUAUAUCCAAAGUAUCCAGCAUGUUCUGAGAGAUGUCAGUGGAGUGCAGGCUCUGGAAAGUGCUGUUAAACAUGAGACCCUAAAGUAUGUAGGUCUGCUGGACUGUGUAGCUGAUUAUCAGGGCAAGCUGUGUGUGAUUGAUUGGAAGACAUCGGAGAAGCAAAAGCCUUUCAUCCAAAAUACAUUUGACAACCCGCUGCAAGUCGUGGCGUAUGUUGGUGCCAUAAACCAUGACAUCAACUACAGCUUUCAGGUUCAGUGCGGCUUGAUCGUGGUUGCCUACAAAGACGGGUCCCCUGCCCACCCACAUUUCAUGGACGCAGAGCUCUGCUCCCAGUACUGGGCAAAGUGGCUUCUUCGACUAGAAGAAUAUACAAAGAAGGAAAAGAACCAGAAUAUUCAGAAACUAGAUUAA